CUGGCAUGAACAACGCAAGGUGUUUCUCUUUCCACUGAACCACACACAAAAGCCGUUUGAGAAACCAAGUGGACCUGGCUGACGAUAAUAAAAAAAAUGUCCCGUGCUCAGGCUGAAAGUGUCAUCAAGAACAUCAUUAGAGAAAUUGGUCAAGAAUGUGGUGGUAAAGGCCAAGCUGUGUCAGAGACUCUGGUCGCUUUCAUGGUAAAAGCUGUAGUUUUGGAUCCGAGAAACCAAUUCAACGUUGACAGAACGCUUACAAAGAGCGAUGUCCAGAAGCUUAUCAAGCUCUGUGUGGACAGACUACUGGAUCCAAAAAGUCUGUCUCUUGAUACAAUCAAAAUGCAGGUUUACUUUGAUAUGAAUUACACAAGCAGGGGAGAAUUCUUGGAUGAGCACCGGCGCGUGUUGGAGUCCAGGCUAGCCCCAGUGAGUCGAGAGAUCACAGACAGCCGUGCGCGGACUCGAGAGGAGCUGGAGAGCCUGUAUCGCAAGACUGUCAGCUUCCUGCUUCUGCGUUCAGGGCUGGGGUCCCCCACUGACAUCAACACAGUGCGAGAGGCAACCGCGGCCCUUCAGAGCGUGUUCCCCCAGUCUGAGUUGAGCACCUUCCUGUCCCUCAAUAAGAGGGAUAAAGAGCGGCAGCUGAAUGAACUCACCAUGAUUGUCACAGGGAUCCGGCUCUUCAACAAAGACUGUGGAAAGGGAGGGGACUCCAUUGAUGACUUGCCUGCAAUCCUAAAUGAGGCUGUUCCAGCGACCUGCAAACACAUUGAAUCAGAACUACAGGACUCCCAGCAGCUAGCAUACCGCUACACAGCUCUCAUUGAGAAACUGGACAGCAAGGACACCCUGGGCACAGAUCAUCAAGUACAUCCGCACCUGCUGAAAAAAGCAUUAUAUAAUGUGAGACAACACGAAGCAUUCUUGCAAAUUAUUGUGUCUGACGUGAUCACAUGUGCACAGCAAGUGGAAAAGCUGCAGAAAGAGCUUGGAGCAAGGAUGGAACAGUUGAAAUCCACAGUGAAGGCCAAGACUGCUGUUCCCAUAGCACAGGUCUUUCCUCAUUUUAUAGCGUUGUCAAACUAUUGGUCAGGGUUCCAGGAUGAGAUGGUGCUACUGAGUGUUCUCAGUAACAUUGUGACCCACCUGCGAACCUUCCAGGGUAACCUUUCAGAACUCCUCCCACAAAGAGACAUUGAGCCCCUGCUGGAAGGGGAGGAUGUCAGAACUGAUGAGGAGAGGAUGAAGGGAACCGCAGGAGAGCGUAUAAACCCCUUGGAGUAUAAAAAACAAGACUGGCUCUUCCCUGAGACUACAGUUAACUUUGACAGGCUGCCUCUUCAGUACAGGGGCAUUUGCGGAUAUACACUUGUUGAGAAGGACGGCCUCUUAUUGACAGGUAAUCCAGCUAUUGGAAUUUUGAAACACAAGGAAAAGUAUUACAUCUUUAGUUCCAAGGUGACAGCAUGUGCAUUUGCUGCAAACCCAGAUGAAUAUAUUGCAUUGGUAGCAGAAAAGGCAAAACAGUGUGCUGAGCUAAUACAGCUGUUAGAGCUCCACCAUCAGUUUGCAUCUGCCUCCCACUACUCAGAGGCUAAAGCUGGAGACAUGCUGAUGGUAAAACCAAUUACAAAGAGUGACAGCAGUACACAAACAGACACCCACAUAGUAGAACCAAACAUCGUUAAAUCAUAUGAGUGGAAUGAGUGGGAGCUCCGCAGAAAAGCAAUUAAACUGGCCAAUUUGCGGACUAAAGUGACCCGCUCGAUGCAGACGAAUCUGAGCCACAUGAGACGGGACAACAUCUCUCAGGUCUACCUUCCAAAGGAGGCUGGCAGCCAGACCAAGAAGCAUGGAGCGAGCAACGUGCCCAAGCCUCACAUUUACCUGACUGGGCUCCGGGGACAAAUGUCCAAAACAGCUCACAUAGUUCAAACUAAUUUAAGUAGAGCUGUUGAUGAAUCAUAAUGAACUGAUUUUUGUUAUGCUGUAUUUCGUUAAAGAGACGCUGUCUUUAAUACAUUAUUGAAAUGUAUUACAGUUAAAUGUUACUUAUUUUUUUCUAGUAUAUGGAAAGACAAACAUCACUAUAAACAUAUUGGCCUGGUUAGAUUGCAACUUAUAUCAUCCUUUUUUAAAAACCUUUUAAUGAGUAAUAAAUUAUUCCACACAGCUACACUUUUUCCACAUCACUGUAUAUAAAACAAAAGUUGUUUCAUUGUAUUAAAAAAAAACUGUUUAAU